GUAUCUGAGAUCGUUGUAAUUGAGUGAUGGAGAAAGACGAUAACAGCGACAAGGUUUGUCUUUCAGUGAAGGAGAAAUGUACGUCAGAGCAGCCUGAGGAAAUGGUGACAAAUCUGAAGGCAUCUAUAAGAGAUUUGAGUGUGAAAGUGAACGAACAGAAUCAGAGAAAAUGUCAUGUUAAGGAUAAGCUUCAGCAGUUGCGAGAAAGGAUAAGCAAGGAAGGUGUUGAUGUUUCAGUCCAGGAGUUGAUGCCGCUUCUGAGAUCACUCAAGGAAAUAGAAAAGGAGGAAUCUAAAGUCCUGUCUAAAUGCAAUGCUAAGCGUUCUGCUUUAGAAGAUGCAGUUCAUGAUUUGGAGGAGAGAGUUGCUAAGGGGCAUGAUGAUGAGAUUCAAGAGGAAGAUUUAGAUGGUUUGUUGGUUGAAUCUUUAGAUAAUCUCACUUCAGCAAAGAAGGAGCUUGCAGCAACGCUAAGAGAAAUAGUGUCCCUGAAGCGACAAAUUGAUGAUGUGCCAUGCCAAUCUGAACUCCUCCAGUAUGAAAGAAGAUUCUCAGAGCUGAAUGUCUGUAUUCAGGAGAAACUUCAACAAACCAGGAAGCUCUAUGCAACAUACAAUGCUCUUUUAGAAAUAAAAGACUUGAUGCUAAAGGAGACAUCAUUACUGAAUUCAAUUGGUUCACAGUUUCAAGACGUGAUUGGUACACCUGCUGGCCGUGUGAAGCUUAUUGAUUCAAUGGAAGGAGUGAUGCAAGGAAUCCAACAGAAGAUAGGAAAAGUACAACUUGGGCUUCAAGAAGAGCAGAGGCUCCGUGAUGCUUCAAAAGAAAAGUAUGUAGCUGCAGCUGCAGAGCAAAGAAAAUGCUACACUGUACUAAGAGCAUUCCAGGAGGAAUGUACUAAGAAUGAGAAGCUGAGGAGUCAUAUAUCUGCUGUAAACACCUCUGACUCGAAAGAAGGGGCUGAAUAGGGUGAUAUGAAGUGGCUCUCCUUUCGAGUUUCAGCUAACCAGUGUAGAGCCAGAGUUGAUUUAGACAUGAUUCUCUUGUGAUAUGCUUUAUCCAUAUGCUCAGCCUUGCACGGAAAUAUACAAAAAUUUAUAGG